AUGGCAGGCGAACAGGGAGCCGGUGGCGGCAUAGAGAGUAACCGUCGCCAACUUUCGACUUCCACCAGAGCCAGCGGCGACAACGAGCCCAUUCAAGAAACCGAACCGCAAACCGGCAAGCAGACUCAACAAGAAGAAGCCAAGACUCAGUUUCAACAGCCCUCGCAAGACUCGCCCAGGGGCUUUAACCCGCCCUCGAGUACUUCCACCCCCUCCACAGCACCUCUCAUGGCCAGAGCUUCAUCCAACAGUUCUACGGUAUCAACUCCAAGCGCCCCGACAGACAGUUACUUUGCUCCCGUGCCCGAGCCCAAGGCGCCCGCCCCGCGGCCUUCUCGCCCACUCGAGCCACCGGUCACCAAGGGCACGUUGAGCGAGCUGGACGUGUGCAAAAUCAUGCAUAACCCCAAGCUGCGCCACGACAUCAACUUCGACCCUGAACUGCACUUCCGACCUAAUCUUGACGGAGACAAGGGCAAGAGGAAACAACACAAGGCCGACCUCUUCUGGAACACGCUACAGGAGCAAUUGGUUGAAUUCAUGAGCCAACCCGAGGCAUUCUACGCUUCCCAUGGCCAGGGCGACGACUGGUGCCUGCCGUCACUUCUCAGAGCCGUCAAGGAUAUUAUUCAGACUUUGGUACCGCAGAGGGACAGGGUUUAUCUCGAUGAAGGACUGAACGUCGAUUUGUUGAUGCAGCAAUUUUACAGGGGCAUCGCGGACUUGGAAAAGCUGGCGCAAUGGCUGUCUCGCGUCCUCAAAUCACAUUGCGCUCCGAUGCGCGACGAAUGGGUUGAUCAGAUGUACAGCCAGUUGAGCAGUGGAAACAGGACGAACAACGUUGAGGAACUGGUCAAGGGCAUGAAGAGCCUGCUCAGCGUGUUGGAGGCCAUGAAGUUGGACGUCGCGAACCACCAGAUCCGCUGUUUACGUCCCAUUCUCAUCGAGGGCACCAUUCCGUUCGAGAGGAAGUUUUUCGAGAAGAAGAUCCAAGGGAACAAGUUGGACGUUACGCAAGCGAACGCGUGGUACAGGGACGCCGAGGACCGAUACUCGACAUCCAUCUCACCAAUUGCUGCUCACUCGUUUGGCGAGAUGUCUGUGUUUUUCGAGUCCAUCUCGAGGCUAGUUUUGCCUUCGGUCUCGGAAAAGGCCUUGCCCAACACCUUCAUUUUUGAUGAAGAGCGCUUCAUCAAGCUUCGGGCUGAUAUGCUAGACGCGAUCAACUUGGAGGUGUGUAUGCGAAUGUACGACGAUCUGGAGCGCGUGGGCCGGAUUCCCCUUUUCGCCAACUCGAUGUCCCGAUUCGAAGACGAAACCGGCGGCCGUCCCCUGUCGAUGACACCUGACUUCAACUUCAACACGCCUCCCUCCAGACCGUCCAGUCUGGCAUUCAGCUCGGGGGGUUCCGCCACUUCGUCUCCUCGAUCCUCUCUCGUCCUCCCGUCUCAACCGACAUCCGACCCCACUGAGUCCAUCGCCAAGGCCAAGGAACUGUACAACUCUCUUGUUGCCCUCCUUCACACCUCGCCCCCACCACGCAGGCACGAGUCUCGCUGGGAGGCCAUCGCGCCUUCCUUGGCCCUUCAGAUCUUCCGCUACACCAACGCCCCAUCCGAUAUGCUGCCUGUUUUAGAGUCCAAGCUUGCCUCGCAUGUUUGCGAUGUUAACAGCCCGCUUUUCCAGGAGGUCGAGCAGCAAUUCCACGGCAAGCUUCUCACGGAACUCCAAUGUCGGGUCAGAGAGUACCGCGGCCUGACUGGUGUCGGCCUUUUCUCAGUUGCUACUGGCGGCCGUGUCCAAGGGUCAGGGAGGUCAUGGAGUCCGGAGCGCGAAAGGGAGCUCUCAGACAACUCCCGCGAGGCUCGUGAAGAUGGCGGCAUCGAAGACAUGGCGACGCGAUUGGCACAUCUCGGCAUCCUUCACUGGAGAGUAUUCGCCGGCUUGGCUUACACCUCUGAAGAUCAGGCCGACAGCAUCAUGGAGAUGAACCAGUUUUAA